ACACGUGCACUGGGUUUCGGGUCAUGUAUUUGGGUUGCGUUUCUUGCCCUGUUCCGGGUUCUGGAAAAACAGCUGAUCCCACCCUUGCCUUCCUGAUGAGCAUUGUUUUGCGCGUAGUGUACCAUGCUGCCCUGCGCGUCCGUGCACGCUCUGUACUGGUAGCUCUCCUGUUCGUGGAGGCUGUUUCCUCUAUUCUGGGAGGAAAACUGAAUGUAGCCCCUUCUCAGAUGGGACCGUUGCAUAAUGAAGAAACUCCUCAGGUCCUGGCCCACUCCUCGGCUGCUGUGCACGGCUGCAAAGCAGAAGAACAGUGGCCAGAACUUGGAAGAGGACUCGGGUCAGAGUGACCAGAAGACGGACACUCCCUGUGCAGAGAAGACGCUCAUGGAGGAGAAGGCCAAGUUAGAGGAGCAGCUGAAGGACACUAUGGAAAAAUAUAAGCGAGCUUUGGCAGAUACUGAGAACUUGCGGCAGAGGACCCAAAAAUUGGUGGAGGAGGCAAAAUUAUAUGGCAUCCAGGGCUUCUGCAAGGACUUGUUAGAGGUCGCGGACAUCCUGGAGAAGGCCACACAGUGUGUCCCCAAAGAGGAGAUCACAGAGGACAACCCGCACCUGAAGAACCUCUACGAGGGGCUGGUGAUGACCGAGGUCCAGAUCCAGAAGGUGUUCACGAAACACGGCCUGCUCAGGCUGGACCCCGUGGGCGCCAAGUUCGACCCCUACGAGCACGAGGCCUUGUUCCACGCGCCGGUGGAGGGGAAGGAGCCGGGCACGGUGGCGCUGGUGAACAAAGUGGGCUACAAGCUGCACGGGCGCACCCUGCGGCCCGCCCUGGUGGGGGUGGUGAAGGAAGCGUAGCUUCUCUCAGGCUGUGGGUUGUGGGUAAUCACUGGCGGUAACUCUAAAAGGCUGGUUCGUCCGUGAAUACUCCAGACCUUUCCCAAACCUUGUUGGAAAGCUUCAGUAACCAGCGGCUAACCAGGAAAGUGGGCCCAUUGCACAGCUGUUACUGGACUCUAAUUUGGGAGCCUGUUGAUUGAUUUUCAGUACAUGUUUAAUAGUUCACAUGCUUACAGAACAGGUCGCCACUGGGCCCUCGGGUAUCGUGAAUAAUGCUACAUCUGCUCAAAGUCUGAUGACACCAAAGUAUUUAAAACGAAUAAAAGGUCUCUGGGAACUGUGCUGUUUGGCUAGGGCCACGCCAUCUGCCCUGUGCGCCUUCUGCUUCUCGCUGCCAUGCGAGCUCGGCAGUCCUCAGCCCUCUGCACCUCACUCGGGAGGAAAGGCAGGAGUUUAACUUGGUUCUUGCUCAGAACACUUGUAUGUGCCUGGUGGAGGACAGGCGAGUCCAUCUAAUCGCCAUCUGGCUGCUAAGUGACCGCCCUCUGGCUUUUCUUUGGAGGCACCUUAACCAUUCUCCCCUAGAAUAAGACGAAUGUGACAGAAUCAGUUACUCUUGUCCUGUUUUGUUCAAAUACGUGUAGAAAUGUUUGUCUUAUAUUCAGCCAGGUACUAAUGACCUGAAGGUAGGUCCCUAGUAAGAUGGUCUUUCUCAACACCCGAGGGCUGCAUGCUUGGUAAAUUUUAAAUGUGAAUGUUUAGUUUUUAAAUCUAUUGAAGAGGAUUAAAGCCCCAAUGUUUAUUUUCCUA